AUCUAUAGUCUAUCGACAUUCUUCAUCCCUGGCUUUGUCAACGCGUGGCGGUGAAACGUGUAACAUUUUUGUUAGAUUUUUGCAACAAUUCGCCAAUUGAAGCGCACAAACGAAUUGUUUUUGUUGGCCAGUCGAUAAACACAGCCGUAAAUGAGCAGAAACUUGGCAGCGACAAGUUGAAAAGUUGUCAAGAGCGAAAAAAGUUUGUUCACACACGCACACUAAGCAAAAUUGUGUGUUGUGCUGCCAGACAGAGAAAAGCAGAGCAGAGGCAGCGGCAGAGCAAAAGCAGCAUUGUCUAAGUUGGCUGCGACGUUAUAACAAUAACAAUAUCACAAAUCGAGGGCUGGGUAAUCUUUAACUCCCCUACUCCACUGUCGCCAACGUCAGCGUCGGGUCAACCGCGUGUUUGUGUGAGUGUGAGUGAAGCAGAAGCAGUUGUAGAAGGAGGGCGAAAGUGUGUCGUCGUCGUCUGUGGGUGUGUGUCUGCAUCGAAAAUUUCCACAAAAGAAUUGAAAGAAAGAGAACAGAAAAAAAACAACGACAGCAAUGGCUGCGCAAGAAAACACGGAAGUUACAACAAAAUUCUCAACGCUAAAUGUGAAUGCAGUGGAAUUUGUGCCCAGCUUUAAUUACAGCAGCGCUGCUAGCGCAGCGGCUGUCGCAGCAGCAGCGGCCGCAGCACAAGUUGUCAAUGCAGCUCCGUCGACGCCGACGUCACAACAACAAGAACAAGAGCAACAACAACAACAGCCAAUGGAUAACACUGUUACAGCUGCAAGUGGAGGGGGAACUGGAAGUGGAACUGCAACGGGAUCAGUGCCGGCAUCUGGAAAUGCCACACCUGCCACAACUCCCGAUUCCACUGGCAGCGCUGAUUCCACAAAUGCACUGAAUGCCGCUGCCGGGGUAGGCGGUGGCAGCGGAACGGCAGUAGCAUCGGCGUCAGCGUCGCCAGCUCAAAAUUCACCGGUUAACACGCCUUCAACGGCUGCAGCGGCGCCAAUUGAGAAUAUAAAUGCAGCGGACAAAGUGACAGCCAACAAUGAAACCGAUCCAGCUGACAGCUGGGAUGUGGAGGAAGAUGCGAUCAUAACACCCGAGGAUGAGGAGGCGGACGGGGACGAGUUUACGGAGGGCGAAGCGACGCCGAAAGUAUCAAAGAAGAAGGUCGUCAAAGUAGAGGAGAACAGAAGCAAGCGGGAGCAUGUCAACGUUGUGUUCAUUGGCCAUGUUGAUGCUGGCAAAUCAACAAUUGGCGGUCAGAUCAUGUCACUGACGGGCAUGGUCGACAAACGCACGCUGGAGAAAUAUGAGCGCGAGGCACGCGAGAAAUCUCGGGAGAGUUGGUAUCUCUCGUGGGCACUGGACACAAAUCAGGAGGAGCGGGACAAGGGCAAGACCGUGGAGGUGGGCAGAGCCUUUUUCGAAACAGAUCGCAAGCAUUUCACAAUUCUGGAUGCACCCGGACACAAGAGUUUUGUGCCGAACAUGAUCGGAGGAGCUGCCCAGGCCGAUCUCGCAGUGCUCGUCAUCUCGGCGCGAAAGGGGGAGUUCGAGACGGGCUUCGAUCGAGGCGGACAGACCCGAGAGCACGCCAUGCUAGCCAAGACAGCGGGUGUUAAGCAUUUGGUUGUGCUGGUCAAUAAAAUGGACGAUCCCACUGUCAAUUGGGAUCAGGGGCGUUACAACGAGUGCAAAGACAAGAUACUACCAUACCUCAAGAAGCUCGGCUUCAAUCCAGCCAAGGAUCUUACCUUUAUGCCUUGCUCGGGCCUCAGCGGCUAUGGCCUCAAGGAGCAAUUACCCGAGGAGCUGUGUCCCUGGUACAGAGGACCCGCCUUCAUACCCUUCAUCGAUGAGCUGCCAUCCCUGAAUCGCGAUCAGGACGGACCCUUCAUCAUGCCCAUCGUGGACAAGUACAAGGACAUGGGCACCGUUGUCAUGGGCAAAGUAGAGUCCGGCGUAGCGCGCAAAGGUCAAAACUUGCUCGUAAUGCCAAAUCGGACACAAGUGGCCGUAGAUCAGCUGUUUUCAGACGACUAUGAGGUCACCUCUGUGGGUCCCGGCGAGAACGUCAAGAUCAAGCUGAAAGGCAUCGAGGAGGAGGACGUUUCACCUGGCUUUGUGCUCUGUGAUGCCACCAAUCCAAUAAAAACGGGCAAAAUCUUUGACGCUCAGGUCGUAAUAUUAGAACACAAAUCAAUUAUCUGUGCAGGGUAUUCGGCCGUCAUGCACAUCCACUGUGCUGCUGAGGAGGUGACGGUGAAGGCACUCAUAUGUUUGGUCGAUAAGAAGACUGGUGACAAAUCAAAAACACGUCCAAGAUUCGUUAAGCAGGAUCAGGUGGCAAUAAUGAGAAUUGAAUGCUACGGAAUGAUUUGCCUUGAACAGUUUAAGCUAUUCCCACAAAUGGGACGCUUUACGUUGCGAGAUGAAAAUAAAACCAUUGCCAUUGGCAAGGUACUCAAGGUGAUCGAAUAAAUUGAGCCCAGCUCCAGCCUUUCACAGCGGCUUUAUAGCAACCAUGCAACCAUGCAACGUGCAACACUCACCAUAUUCAACGUAUGCCAGACGACGACAGAAAUAGAAAUAUAAAUGAUAAAAACGCCAAUGCCACGCUUUCUUUACAUAACUGACACACACAACACUGAGUUACUUUCUCCACAAUAUUAUGAAUGCAUAACAACAACAAAAAACAAUAGCAAUUGAUUAUAAUAAUGGUUAGAGAAGGUUUAUAGCCAAGUAUAUAAUAUAGAAAUGGAAUCGCAACAAACGUGAGAGAGAAA